AUGAUAACACGAAUAAUAUUGUUGGGCAGUGCUGUGCUAUUGGCUUAUGGUAUCCAUCGUUUUUGGGCUUUACUACCUAUAACUAGUGGAUAUGGAUCUAAAUACAUUUGUUCAGCCGUAUUUAUAGGCGAUCAUAAUGAAGAACAACGUAAAGAAGAUCUUGAUUUUCCUUCUAUGAAAUAUGUAACGUAUAAUAUAAAUUAUACUGAUUCCUCGGUAAGUAGUUCUGUAUUUGGAUUUGCUCAAACAAAAGCAAUCUGUCGAAAUGGACUUGGUGCAACAUUAAUUAAUGAAUUAACAGAAGAACAAAUUCGUAGUCAAACAUUCAAUUUAGCAAUAUCAUCUGAUAUAAAUCAAGAUGAUAUUCCAUGGCCUAUGGGUAAUAAAAUAGAUGAUCAGAGUAUGCCAUCAAAUAUCAAUCAAUCAAAAUUAGAAAAUGCUAUUAACAAUAUGUUUAUUGAAAAAUAUUCAAAUAAUCUUAUUCGUACACGAGCUAUUGUUGUUUUAUAUGAUGGAAAACUAAUAGCCGAAAAAUAUGCUUCAGGUUUUUCAAAAAAUUCAAAACUUUUAGGUUGGAGCAUGACAAAAAGUAUAAUUAAUGCACUUAUUGGAAUUUUAGUGAAAGAUAAUAAAUUAAAUAUCGAUGAUUUUGCUCCCGUACCUGAAUGGAAUAAUCCUAAUGAUCCUCGUCAUUCAAUUACAUUAAAAAAUUUAUUACAACAGACAAGUGGUUUAGAUUUUAUCGAAAAUUAUCAUACAAAAAGUGAUGUGACACAAAUGUUAUAUCAAAGUGGUGAUAUGGCUGCAUUUGCUGCUUCACGUACAUUAAAAUUUAAACCAGGUACUCAUUGGUAUUAUACAAGUGGAAAUACGAAUCUAUUAUCACGAAUUAUUCGUCAUACAAUUGGAGAAAAUGAAUAUCAUUCAUUUCCUUAUCGAAAAUUAUUUUCUAAACUUGGUAUGAAUAGUUUUAUUAUGGAAGUUGAUGCAUCAGGAACUUUUGUUGGUUCAUCUUAUUCAUGGGGCACUGCUCGUGAUUGGACUCGAUUUGGUUUAUUAUAUUUAAAUAAUGGAUAUUAUAAUAAUGAA